CCUCAUCUCGAACGUCUACAAUGGAGCACGCCUCGCAAACCGUCAGGAAAUGUAUCCACCAGAAAUUUCUUCCAAUCGGUCAACAUCCUGCGCAAGCGGGCAUUCUAGAGCCAUCUUGUGGCCACAUAACCCCGGUAUAUAACUUUGGCUGGUGCAUUUCCAUGGAAGACUUCGAUCAACAUUACCCGGAAUGUCCCAGUGAUAUGACAAGUUACUGGAUUAAGCAUGUGACGGAACCUUGGGCUAAAGAGUUCCCGAACAAAUAUUUAAGCAAGCAACCUGGAUUUGGUUAUUCGCCUUGCCUGGACUUCAUAUUCAUCAACAAAGAACCGUAUCUUGUUGUCAUACUUACACGAAAUAGUACCAAAGAAUCUCUCGCUCUGAGUCGGAACGAAGAUUAUAUUGCAGAUGCGAGGAGAUUGGCACGCAUCCAAGAGAUUUUUGGAGAACUUUUUCGUCCAAUCUUACUCCUCAAAUAUUCACUGCUCGUUCAAUGCGUAGCUUCAGAGUCAUUGAUGCAGUCAACCCGCAUUGACUCCAUCACAGGUUCUUGUCUGCCUCACCAACAUUUGUAUUUAAGUACUUAUUCCGGAGAAUUUAACGUGUUCUGCCCACGGUCCACGCGAAAAUGAUCCUGCCGGGCGGGGCCGCGGUACGGAUCCAAAAUGGGUGGAAAUCACUGAUCGGGGUUGAUCGGGUGAGCGGGGUAACGUUACCGGUUCGUCCGCUGUCUUCUGCCGGAGAACUCGGCACACGUUUAUCUUGGUUUUGCUUCCGUUUGUCGUCGUCGUCGUUGUCAUCGACGAUUGUCGCCUCCUCGUUAAUAGUUAAUAGUUAUAUGAUAUGAAUAGGUAUAGGUAUAGUACUGAGCUGAAGAAUAGAUAUGAAUAUAUACGUAUGUACUUCUAAUGAAGGAUUGUUAGAUAUCUGCAAA